AGUGACUGUGCGCCGCUGUGCCAUGUAUUACGGCUCCGGUCUUGCUGAGAUCACAUGACUGGAGAGAUGGCGGCUGAGAUCCACUCCCGGUCUCCCCGCGGCCCUGUGCUACUUACCAAGAUCCCCGGGCACAGGGAGCCUGUCACCUCCGCCUGCCUCAUCCCGCGGGAGGACGGCGUCAUCACUGCCAGCGAGGACCGGACACUGCGGGUAUGGCUGAAGAGAGACAGUGGGCAGUACUGGCCGAGCAUCUAUCACACCAUGUCAUCUGCUUGUUCGGCUCUGGCAUACCACCAUGAGAGCAGGAAGGUGUUUGUGGGACUGGAUAGUGGAGCCAUUGUGGAGUUUCUGAUCUCCGAUGACUUCAACAAAAUGAACUUUGUGAAGACAUACCCAGCUCAUCAAAGCCGGGUGACAGAGGUCGUUUUCUCUCCAGGCCCCGAAUGGGUGAUCAGCACUGGGCAUGAUAAAUUUAUCACCUGGAUGUGCACCCAGAGUGGGUCCUUGGUGGGGAGACACGCUUUCUCCUCCUGGGCAUCCUGCCUCCAGUAUGAUGAAGACACAAGAUACGCCUUUGUUGGAGAUUUCUCUGGGCAGGUUACACUCUUGAAGCUGGACAAGAGUGGCUGCACAGUUAUCUCUACACUUAAAGGACACGAAGGCAGCAUCUCCUGUCUCCACUGGGACCCUGUUCAGAGGUUUCUCUUCUCUGGCUCAUCAGAUCAGAGUAUUAUCUUGUGGGACAUUGGAGGGAGGCAAGGACGUGCACUGAACCUACAAGGACACCAUGACAAGGUGCAGGGGCUGUGCUACCUGCAUCUCACACGGCAGCUGGUCUCCUGCUCAGUGGAUGGGGGCAUCUGUGUCUGGAAUAUGGAUACUGACAGGGAAGAGGCUCCUCAAUGGUUAGAAAGUGAUUCCUGCCAGAAAUGUGCCCAGCCUUUCUUUUGGAACAUAAAGCAGAUGUGGGACACCAGGUCACUGGGAUUACGUCAACACCACUGCAGGAAGUGUGGAAAGGCUGUCUGUGGGAAAUGCAGCUCCAAGAGAUCCAGUUAUCCCAUCAUGGGUUUUGAGUUCCAAGUGCGGGUCUGUGACUCCUGUUAUGAAACCAUUAAGGAUGAGGACCGGACGUCAUUGGCCACUUUCCAUGAAGGUAAACAUAACAUCUGCUUCAUGACCAUGGAUAUCUCUGGAGGGAUUAUGGUCACAUGUGGAACAGAUCGGCUAGUCAAGAUCUGGGACAUGACACCUGCAGUGGGCUGCGACUUGGCCACCGGCUUUUCUCCACGCUGACCCCACUGACUUCAGUUUGUCUGGAAUAAAGCACCUUAUAUAUGGCCGCCACGUACGUUGAUAUCAACUCAUCCAGGGCGUUCUUCCUCUGCCUCUGCCGUACGUAGCCUAUGGAAGCAAAGCAAUGCAACAGCUCUCCCAAACAAGGAGGUGGAGCCUUAAUCUCUCAGUAGCUGUUCACUAUUACCUUUAAGUGAGCCGCGUGCUCCAGCCCUUGCUAUUGGGAUAAUUAUACCCUUGUUUACUAUAGUUUAGCUAGAAGCCGCAACAAUUCCAACAGUGUAAGGUUUUUUUUUUUCCGAACCAGGCUAUCUGAAAUAUGUACUACUUUGUUUUCGGUAUCCUUGCACCUCGAAGGCCGCUCUAAUCACGCGCUGUCAUUACGCAGCCAUUAUACUUUUUGGUUUCAUCAGUAGACCGAUGUACAACAAAUUCCAUUUAAACGGUUUGGUUUUUAAAGUCUGUAUACCAGCGUACACACAAGAUAGUCCAUGAUCACAUGUUGGAUGUGUGUACUUGUAUUUUUCUAUGAUGAGAGGCCAGUGCUGGUUAUUAUGAAAGUAGUUCAUUUUAUGGUUUGUAUAGUGUUUGAACUUUGUUGUUCGCAAACAGAUGAAGGCACACCCAAUGUAUUGCAACCUGCUGAUUUUUACAUGACGGUGAAUAUUUUUGUGUUACGGGGUACUUCUCUAGGUGUGUUUUAUGCGCUGUUUAGAAUUGAAGCAAGGUGUUAUUUCCUGAAAUGGAGAGAUCAUACCGCUCCACUCACGUGCGUUUCCAGGAACUUGUGUGCAGGUCUUGUUGGGAUGUUUAUGUUUUGCUCCGUCCAAAAGCAUUUGUUAGUUUUACAUAUGUAUAUAAAAGUCACUUAUUAGAUGAAGGGUUUUUUGAACUUCCUAAAGUAGAUAAGGUUUGCAAACCCUUUUAUCAGCUGCCUUCUGUAAUGCCUAAUUUUCUUAGUAGCUCCCACAUUGCCUAAUUUCCCUAGGUUCUCCUGUUUUUUGGUAGCAAAAUCUGACACAUUUGUGCUAGGAGGAAGUUCUAGUUACAGAGAGAACUGUAACCAUCUAUAAGUGGGGAAUAUAUAGUAGCAGACCUUAGUGUUUACAGCCCAGCGUUUCGUCAUUUAGUGCAGUAGAAAUCAGCCAGCAAUAAGACUUUUCUUGUGAGUGUUUACUGAAAUAUGAUAAUUGUAGCUCACUUUGUCUUAACUGUUGUUUAAAGACUAAAUUGGACCUUUGUGUUCAUUUCAGCUGCAAAACAGUUUUUUAUUGUAUAUUCUGUUGCUUCAACCCACCACCCAUCCAGCAAUAAAGAUUUUCACGCAUUUCACGUCCUGCUCUAGUCUCUGAAGCUACUAAUUACUGAUCUGAUAAAUUAUCCCAAAAUAACAUGAUUGAAAGCUAAAUACAGGGAGCACCGUGUAGUAUAUAUUUCAAUCUGUCAUGUCUAUCACUGGUGAUCUGUCAGGGAAGUUGUUUACAGUAUGGUAUGCCUGCAGAAUGUCUUAUAUCUCGCUGGAGUAAGUCACCAUUCCAGCCACUGUAUAUUUAUUAUUUUAUGAAGAGAAUACAAAGGUUUUUAAUUAGAACUCUGCAUUUCAUUGGUGUUUCUCAUGUAGCAAUGAGUUUUGUCUAAGUGCUGAGAGAGUCAUCACACCAAGUAGAGCUGACAUUUGUGGCAAAUCGGAGAUCACUGAUUUUAGUGUUAACCAUCUUUCAUAACAAAAGUGACAUCGACAGUCGGACAUAUUAAAUUCCUUAUUCAGAUGACAGUCGGCUGCAUCUCCUGGGGGAAAUUGCACAUGUAAAUUGGCACACCGUGAUGAAACGUUGAAUGGUUAUCAGGAAGUUCGUCUAGUAAACUGAAAUUCCUCAUAAUGUUUGUUUUAUUUCCUUACCACUCUACAAACCUAUAGCACUAUGGCUGUCGCUAAGCUACAUCUCCUGUGUCACUGGGAUUGCAGAAAAGGGCAGGUGACUGGUAGUUCUGCCUCAUUCAAAAGUUCCUCGUUCUUUCUCUGUCGCACUGAAGCACAAUUUGUAUUUUUAAUGGUGAGACAACUUGUUUGCUAUUCUGUUUCUGUAAUGUUCUUGAUUGCUCCUCUUUAUUCUGGGAUAUGUUAUGGUAAACUGCAGCUGCUACAGUGAUGGAUCUGUAUAUGGUUUGUCAGCCUUGUGCUCGGUUGUCUGUACGUGAGCGUUCCUUCUGGUUAUAUCAGUGGCAGCCGCCAACUAUGGUCCCAUCAUUUCCUGCGUUUUAGUGCAUUUUGGAGAGUUGCCCGGUUGCCUUCUCCAUGUACUCAUGUUUAAGAUGAUUUACAAAGUGUCUCCCUUCUUUUGUUAAUUGUCAAAUGUUUUUUUCCCCUCCUAAUAAAAUCAUACUUUUCUUUA